AAACAAGUCAUCAAUAGCUAGUAAAAUAAUUGUAGGUUUUGAGGAGGAGACAGAGUGGAUAAUCCAGAAGCUCACCAGCGGACCAGCUGAGGUAGAUGUCAUUUCCAUAGUCGGCAUGCCGGGGCUUGGGAAAACAACUUUGGCUUACAGAGUAUAUACUGAAAAGUCUGUUGUUGGUCAUUUCGACGUUCGUGCUUGGGUCACAGUUGACCAGGAACGUAAUGAGAAAAAGUUGUUGCAGAAAGUUUUCAAUGAAGUUAUUGGUUUGAAAGAAAGAGUCAGUGAGGAUGACAUAGACGAUGACGUUGCUGAUAAGCUACGGAGACAACUGUUUGGAAAGAGGUACCUUAUUGUCUUGGAUGACUUGUGGGAUACUGCAACAUGGGAUGAGCUGACAAGACCCUUAUACGCCAUUCCAUCUGAAUUUCAGAAAGGCAGCAGAGUUAUUUUAACAAGUCGAAAAAAGGAAGUGGCUUUGCAUGGAAAAUUCCACAGUGAUCCUCUUGAUCUUCGAUUGCUAAGACCAGAAGAAAGUUGGGAGUAAUUCGAGAAAAAGGUGUUCGGAGAAGAACGUUGCCCUGAUGAACUAAAAGAUGUUGGAGAGAAAAUAGCCGAAAAGUGUGAUGGGCUUCCUUUGGUACUUGAUUUGAUCGGCGGAGUCAUUUCAAGAAAGGAAAAGAAAGAGGCUUUGUGGAUUGAAGUUCUCAACAAUUUGAGUUCCUUUAUUUUUAAGGAUGAAGAGGAAGUGAUGAAGGUUAUACAAUUAAGUUAUGACCAUUUGUCAGAUCACCUAAAGCCGUGCUUUCUGUACCUUGCAAGUUAUCCAAAGGACGAAGAUAUUGUUAUAUCUUUGUUGAAAGAGUUAUGGACUGAUGAAGGACUUGUGGAACCAACUGAUUUGAAGAGUGUGGAAGAAGUAACGGAGAUUUAUGUGGAUGAGUUAAUUUCUAGUAGCUUGGUAAUUGUGAGAGGUGGUAGCGAACAGAGUUGCCAAAUUCAUGAUCUUGUGCAUGAUUUUUGUUCGAUAAAAUC